AUGGACGCAGCUCUGCAAAAGGCGCUGCUAGACCGCGUCUACGACAAGCGCAAGGCGGCCACGCUCGACUUGGAACGUCAGGUUCGCGAGUGUCUCGCCAAAGGUGAUCGUGCGCGCGUCAACCUCAUCGUCCAGCAGCUCUGCUCCUUCUUGACCGCAUCGCCACAGAAUGUCAACGCUCGCAAUGGUGGUCUCAUCGGUCUCGCCGGUAUCGCCAUCGCACUUGGCAUCGAGAUCGCUCCCUUCUUAGAGCAAGUGGCCAAGCCAGUGUUGGCUUGCUUCAACGACCCGGACAGCAAGAUCCGCUACUUUGCCUGCGAGAGCUUCUACAAUAUCGCAAAGGUGUGCAAGGGCGAGAUCCUCGUCUACUUCAACGAGACCUUUGAUGCACUCUCCAAGCUCGCUGCUGAUUCCGAGCUGAGCGUCAAAAAUGGCGCCGAGCUGCUCGACCGCUUGCUCAAAGACAUUGUCUGCGAGGCCGCUCCACACUACGUCUCGCAGUUCCAAGACGUAUCGCUAAUUCGCGCGCAUCAAGACGCUCAGGAUGGCUUCGCCGGCGGUGUCGCAGAGCUCGACGUGGCUCGUGAAAAGGCGCACCAGUUUGAUGAAGAAGGUACCGCCAAUAAUAAGGUCUUUUCGCUCGCUCGCUUCAUCCCACUGCUGGCAGAGCGCAUGUACGUGCUGAGUCCCUUCACCCGCAACUAUCUCGUCAGCUGGAUCACCGUCCUUGGCUCUGUUCCCGAGCUCGAGCUCGUAAGCUACCUUCCUUCCUUUCUCGAUGGACUGCUCAAGUACCUAAGCGAUCCCAAUAGCGAUGUCCGCGUGGCCACGGCAAAUGUUCUGGCCGACUUUUUGCGCGAGAUCCGCCACGCCGCUGAACUCGGCGCACGGAGACAAGCCUUUGAGCAGCACCGCGCAGAACGACAAGAGCACAAACGGCGUAAGGGCAAGGAGCGAGCCUCUGCGGCAGCGCUCGAAGAUGCACAGUCAAAGCCACACGGCAUCGACGAGUCGCAUCUGCAGGCACAAGUAGAGCUGCAUUCCAGGAGUGUCAGUCCCAGCAAGUCGUUUCGGUCGUCGUCACAGGCUCCCUCGGCCAAAGCACACACCGAAGGCACGACCUCCCCAGCGCCGUCUCAACGGCCCAGUCAAUCAAAUUUCGACGACGACUUGGCCGCGGACGAAGACGAGGACGAGGAGGAGGACAUCUGGGUCGAUGGCACCGAGGUACGCAUUGACUAUGCUGCCAUCAUGGAGAUCCUCAUCAAUCACAUCGGCUAUCCGGAUGAAGAGAUCCAGGCGACUACGCUGCAAUGGAUCGCCGAAUUCCUCCUUGUCGUCAAGGAUGUUGUAGUCCCUUUUACUCCCCGACUCAUCUCGGCUAUUCUUCCAAGUUUGGCGCAUCACAGUCCCGCCAUCGCCAGCGCUGCACACGCAACCAACAUCAAUCUGUACAGGGUCAUUCAGGACAUUGCGGCCCCUCCUACACCGCCAAGCUCGAGACCUCUCUCUGCAUCGGCAGCGGCUCUGCAGGGUCACAAGCAUACAAAUUCCGCCUCUUCCGGCCGCGACCGGGGCUACGCAGGCAGUCCUACGCAGCCACUGGCCCGAAACGCCCCUGUCUCUCGGCCACCUGCCUCGGGUACUGCAGCAACGACAUCCGUCACUGCCUCGAGUUCCGGUCCUCUGUCUCCUAGGUCUCGCGCAGGCACGUUGAGUGGUGAGCCCACAUCUGGCAUCGCAGCCAUCAGCCUGUCUGACCAUGCAGCGAACAACGAUCGCACAGUCUCGCCCAGUCCUAAUGGUGUAGAUGGCUCAGCCGUCGUAGAUGUCGACCCUUUUGACUAUCAGACCACGGUCAACGCGCUGACGCUACAGCUGCUUGACGAACACGAAGAGACACGUGUGUCUGCGCUCGAGUGGCUGCUCAUGCUACAUCGAAAGAGCCCGCAAAAGAUCCUGUCCAUGGACGACGGCACGUUCCCUGCUCUGCUCAAGACGCUCUCCGACCCCUCGGACGAGGUCAUUCGAUGCGAUCUUCGGCUGCUGGCUCAGAUCAGCUCUGCAUCCGAAGACUCGUACUUUCACGCCUUCAUGGCCAAUUUGCUUAGUCUGUUCAGCACCGACCGCCGCCUGCUUGAGACGCGCGGCUCGCUGAUCAUCCGUCAGUUGUGUGCAUCGCUCCACACCGAGCGUAUCUUCCGCACGCUGGCCGAGAUCCUAGAGAAGGACGAAGACCUCGAAUUCGCCAGCAUCAUGGUGCAGAACCUGGCUAUCAUUCUCAUCACCUCUCCCGAGCUGGCAGAUUUCCGCAAGAAGCUUCGCAACCUCGACUCGAGAGAAGGUCAGCUGCUGUUUGCCUCGAUCUAUCGCUGCUGGUGCCAUAAUGCAGUAGCCGCUUUCAGUCUGUGCUUGCUGGCCCAGGCGUACGAACACGCAAGUAACUUGCUCACCAUCUUUGCCGAGCUCGAGAUCACCGUGUCGCUGCUCAUCCAAAUCGACAAGUUGGUGCAGCUGCUCGAGUCGCCGAUCUUCACGGCGUUGCGGUUGCAGCUGCUCGAGCCGGAACGAUAUCCGUACCUAUUCAAGUGCCUGUAUGGCAUCUUGAUGUUGCUGCCACAAAGUUCGGCGUUUGUAACGCUGAGAAACAGGCUCAACGCUGUCAAUGGUCUUGGCUUUCUGCACUCGGUGCCGAGAUCGAGUUAUUCGUCCAGAUCUAGCUCCAAGGCUGUUUCAGGAACGGGAAGUGGCAGCUCGUCUGGCGGCGGUGGGGGAGGUGGAAGCGCGUCAGGCAGUUCGGGAGGCGGUUCAGCGUCCAUGGCGGAGAUCAAGUGGAAUGAUCUGCUGCAUCACUUCCGCGUCGUGCAGAACAAGCAUGAGCGUGCGCGUCGCCAAGCAGCUGUGGGUACGACGAUGGCUGCCGGCGGCACCCAGCUCGCUCCCGACUAUGCUGCACCGAGACUUACCUCUGCUGGCGCGGCCGGUCCUGCGUCCUCCGCAUCUUCCGCAGCUGGAGGUGGAGGCAGUGCAGGCGGUCGACGACGCAUCAGUCAGGCAGCGACACCGAUCACCGGUGCCGGUGGUGCGGCAGCGACAACGUCGGGACCAGGUCGCUUUGGACUCGGCCUCUCUGCAACAAGUGCAAACGGCCGUGGUGCAGGGGGCAGCACCUCAGCUCCCAAUGCAGCAACGAGCAGCUUCUUUGGCAUUCACCUCCCCACUGGUGCCGGUGCUGCGGCUUCGACCGCAACGCAUGCCUCUGCUACGCGAUCCUCAAGCCCUUCCGCAGCCCGGCGCUAUGCGUCUGGUCAGCAACAGACAUCCAACCCAGGAUCGCGACAACCGAGCAAAGGUUCCUCGCUGCGUUGA